AUGGAGUCCUCAAAUCAAGAUGUUCAGGAAAAACCUACCGGUUCAAAGAUCAAUGUGACAGAUGUCGGCAAGUCCUACUACUACAGUCUACCAUUUCUUGGGACCUACCUCGCUCUCUGUUUCAACCUCAGCGCUUGCACCGGAGGUUUCGCUUUAAUUGCUCCUAUUCUGUCCAUAGUCAACGAAGACAUCGGACCAGAUCCCUCUAUCAUCUGGGUAGCCUUGGUGUACUCAAUCGGUCAAGGCAUUGGGUUGGCAUUGAUCGGCCGUCUCAGCGACUUGUUCGGACGACGGUAUUUCCUCAUUUUCGCCAGCGCUUUGGGACUGAUUGGAUGCAUCAUAUGUGCGACCGCUAAAUCAGUCCCUGUCUUGAUCGGUGGCGAAGCCCUUGUUGGACUUUCGGCUGCCGGGGGAGCUUCUUACACGUCAGUUCUCAGCGAGAUGGUCCCGGUCAAGCACCGCUUUCCAGCACAAUCUUUUAUCUACCUGUGGCAGCUGCCUACGGCGGGCUUUGGGCCAGCUUUGGCGUACAUUUUCAUCUUGAACACUCAAGCUGGAUGGCGCUGGUGCUACUACUAUAACAUCAUGUGGAACGGACUGUCCUUGAUCCUCUUCAUCGCAUUUUACUUUCCGCCGACAUUUGAGGAGAAGCAUGGCAAGGAGGACAUCUACAAGUGGUUAAAGAAAUAUGAUUACUUCGGCACGGGUCUCUUCAUUGCCGGCGAGGUCCUGUUCCUUCUCGGCUUGUCUUGGGGUGGAAGUGUAUACCCAUGGCGUUCUGCGUACGUCAUUUCGACACUGGUCGUCGGUGUAAUCACACUGAUUGCCUUUGCAACAUACGAAACCAAAAUGAACCUGGAGGAGCCAUUCGUGCCAAAGGGCUUGUUUAGACGCCGUUCCUGGGUUGCAGUGGUGAUUCUGAUCGGAGUCUGUGGUGGCGUCUACUACGCGUUCGCUCUCGUCUGGCCACGAAUGGUCACGGCGCUCUACAGCGACCCUAACGACCUGUUGCAAGUGGGUUACGAGGCAUGCGUCGUUGCUCUCGGAAUCACUGCGGGCCAGAUUGUUGGUUGUGGAUUGUCACGUCCACUGGGCCGAACAAAAUUCCAGCUUAUUGGCAGUAUCGCUGCCGGUGCAAUUUGCCUAUCAAGUAUGACAACGUGUGACCAAUAUACCAGAGCCAGAGCAACUGCUUUGCUAUUCUUGGGCACCUUUUUUAUCGGCUGGGCCGAUGGAGUGGCCCAGAUCAUGUGCGGAAUCGAUAUCGCGGAUCAAAAAGAUAUUGGCGUAGCCUGUGGAAUGAUGGGAACCAUUCGAGCCUCUUUUGGUGCCGGCUGUGCGGCCAUUUACUCGACAAUCCUCACCAACGAGCUAUCUUCGAAAGUUCCCGGCCAAGUUGUCCCGGCCGUUCUUGAUGCUGGACUUCCGAAGGGAAGUGUCACUCAAUUCCUCCAAGCCCUCACCUCCGGUAACGUUACCAUGCUGCAAGAAGUCAAAGGAGUGACCGCAACGAUCAUUCAAGAUGGGUCAUCAGCUUUAAAGCAGGCCUCCGCAGACUCCUACCAGGUGGUCUUUUUCUCGUCUAUCGCUUUCAGUGUCUUGGCUUUUGUCUGCGCUUUCUUCACGGCAGAUGUCGACAAAUACCUAACAAAUACCGUCAGUGCCAUGGUCGGCAGAACGAAACCAACUGUAGAAGAGGUAGAGAUGGUUAUGGGCCCAAAAUCCGAUGUUUAG